UGACUGUAGUCUGGGUCUUCUAUUUCGAGAUGAUGUGCGAGGUGAUGCCGACCAUCAGUGAAGCAGAAGGCCCCCCGGGAGGAAGUGGGAGCCAUGGGUCCAGCUCCCCUUCGCAGCCAGAUGCAGAUUCACAUUUCGAACAGUUGAUGGUCUCCAUGCUGGAGGAGAGGGACCGUCUUCUUGACACGCUGAGAGAGACUCAAGAAACGCUGGCAUUAACCCAGGGGAAAUUACACGAGGUCGGCCAUGAAAGAGAUUCCUUGCAGAGGCAGCUCAAUACUGCACUUCCACAGGAGUUCGCAGCACUUACUAAAGAACUCAACGUAUGCAGGGAACAGCUCCUUGAAAGGGAAGAAGAAAUUGCCGAACUCAAAGCAGAAAGAAACAACACCAGGCUGCUGUUGGAACAUUUGGAAUGCCUUGUCUCCAGGCAUGAGAGGUCCCUGAGGAUGACAGUGGUGAAGAGGCAAGCGCAGUCCCCAGCAGGUGUGUCCAGCGAAGUGGAAGUACUUAAAGCACUGAAAUCAUUGUUCGAGCACCACAAAGCUCUGGACGAAAAGGUGAGAGAGCGGUUACGAGUAGCACUUGAAAGGUGUAGUUUGUUAGAAGAAGAAUUAGGUGCCACACACAAAGAGCUAAUGAUUCUUAAAGAACAGAAUAAUCAGAAAAAAACACUGACAGAUGGGGUGCUCGACGUAAACCACGAGCAGGAAAAUACGCCGAGCACAAAUGGAAAGAGAUCUUCCGAUGGUUCUUUAAGCCACGAGGAAGACCUCGCCAAAGUCAUCGAGCUGCAGGAAAUCAUCGACAAGCAGGCACGGGAGCAGAGCCAGAUGAAGGAGCGUCUGGCCGCCCUCUCCAGUCACGUGACAGAGCUGGAAGAGGACCUGGACACCGCGAGGAAAGAUCUCAUCAAAUCUGAGGACGUGAACACAAAACUGCAGCGAGAUGUUCGUGAAGCCAUGGCCCAAAAGGAAGACAUGGAAGAGAGAAUCACUACUCUUGAGAAACGCUACCUCGCAGCACAGCGUGAAGCCACCUCUGUGCACGACCUUAACGAUAAACUUGAAAACGAAAUCGCAAAUAAAGAUUCUAUGCAUCGACAGACUGAGGAUAAAAACCGCCAGUUACAAGAACGCCUGGAGCUGGCAGAGCAGAAGCUGCAGCAGACUCUGCGCAAGGCCGAGACGCUGCCCGAGGUGGAGGCCGAGCUGGCCCAGCGGGUGGCCGCGCUCUCGAAGGCCGAGGAGAGACACGGCAACGUUGAGGAGAGGCUGCGGCAGAUGGAGGCCCAGCUGGAGGAGAAGAACCAGGAGCUGCAGCGGGCAAGGCAGAGAGAAAAAAUGAAUGAAGAACACAAUAAACGUUUAUCAGACACCGUCGACAAGCUUCUUUCAGAAUCUAACGAGAGGCUUCAGCUUCACCUUAAAGAGAGGAUGGCUGCUCUAGAGGAUAAGAAUUCUCUACUGCGAGAAGUUGAAAAUGUGAAAAAGCAAUUAGAAGAAACUCAACAUGAUAAGGAUCAGCUCGUGCUGAACGUCGAAGCGCUGAGGGCUGAGCUGGACCAGAUGAGGCUGCGUGGCGCUCCCCUUCACCACGGCCGGCCGCACUUGGGCAGCGUCCCGGACUUCCGGUUCCCCAUGGCAGACGGCCCCACAGAGCCCUACAGCAGCGGCGCGGUGCUGCGGCGCCCCCAGAAAGGCCGCCUGGCUGCGCUGCGGGACGAGCCUUCCAAGGUACAGACCCUCAAUGAGCAGGACUGGGAACGCGCCCAGCAAGCCAGCGUCCUGGCCAACGUAGCACAGGCGUUUGAGAGUGACGCUGACGUGUCUGACGGCGAGGAUGACAGGGACACUCUCUUCAGCUCAGCUGCUCUCUUGUCACCCAGUGGGCAGGCCGAUGCCCAGACCCUAGCGAUGAUGCUGCAGGAGCAGCUGGACGCCAUCAACAAAGAGAUCAGGUUGAUACAGGAGGAGAAGGAGAACACCGAGCAGCGGGCGGAGGAGAUCGAGAGUCGCGUGGGCAGCGGCAGCCUGGACAGCCUUGGUCGUUUUAGAUCAAUGAGCGCCAUCCCCCCCUACCCCGCUUCCUCGCUGGCCGGCUCCUCCCCUCCGAAUAGCGGCCGGUCCACCCCACGCAGGAUCCCGCACAGCCCAGCUCGGGAAGUGGACAGACUAGGUAUCAUGACCCUGUUGCCAGCUUCCCGAGAAGAGGUACGAGAUGACAAGACAACGAUAAAAUGUGAAACCUCUCCCCCUUCCUCCCCGAGGUCCCUGCGAUUAGACAGGCUGCACAAAGGAGCGUUGCAUACGGUCAGCCACGAGGACAUCAGGGACAUCAGAAACUCAACAGGCUCGCAGGACGGCCCCGUGAGCAACCCCAGCAGCAGCAACAGCAGCCAGGACUCGCUCCACAAAGCCCCCAAGAAGAAGGGCAUCAAGUCGUCCAUCGGCCGCCUGUUCGGCAAGAAGGAAAAGGGCCGCCCGGGGCUCGCGGGCAGGGAGGCACCGGGGGCAGCGGGCGUCUCGGAGACGGAAAACUCGGGUCAGGAUGCCUUGGGACUCAGCAAAUUGGGAGGACAGGCUGAAAAAAAUCGCAAACUUCAGAAAAAGCACGAGCUGCUCGAGGAAGCCCGCAGACAAGGUCUACCUUUUGCACAGUGGGACGGGCCGACCGUUGUCGUCUGGCUGGAGCUCUGGGUGGGGAUGCCGGCCUGGUACGUGGCCGCUUGCCGGGCCAAUGUGAAAAGCGGGGCCAUCAUGUCCGCCCUGUCGGACACGGAGAUCCAGCGGGAGAUCGGCAUCAGCAACCCUCUGCACCGGCUGAAGCUGCGGCUGGCCAUCCAGGAGAUCAUGUCCCUGACCAGCCCGUCGGCGCCCCCCACGUCCAGAACGCAGACGCUGGCCUACGGGGACAUGAACCACGAGUGGGUCGGCAACGAGUGGCUGCCCAGCCUGGGCCUCCCGCAGUACCGCAGCCUCUUCAUGGAGUGCCUGGUGGACGCACGGAUGCUCGACCACCUGACCAAGAAGGACCUGCGGGGGCAGCUCAAGAUGGUGGACAGUUUCCACAGAAACAGUUUCCAGUGUGGAAUUAUGUGCCUGCGAAGGUUAAACUAUGACCGGAAAGAGCUGGAGAGAAAAAGGGAAGAGAGCCAGGACGAAAUCAAAGAUGUGCUCGUUUGGAGCAACGAUCGCGUGAUUCGCUGGACCCUGUCGAUCGGUCUUAAAGAAUACGCAAAUAACCUCGUGGAGAGUGGGGUGCAUGGCGCUCUGGUGGCCUUGGAUGAGACCUUCGACUUCAGCACACUGGCGCUCCUAUUACAGAUCCCCACGCAGAACACACAGGCGCGUGCCGUGCUGGAAAGAGAGUUCAACAACCUUCUGGUCAUGGGGACCGACAGGCGGUGCGAUGACGAUGAUGAUAAGAGCUUUAGGAGAGCACCUUCUUGGAGAAAAAAGUUUAGACCCAAGGAUGUCCGUGGCUUAGCCGCCGGGUCAGCAGAGACUCUCCCUGCAAACUUCCGGGUCACCUCCUCUCUGUCCUCGCCCUCUAUGCAGCCGAAGAAGAUGCAGCUGGACGGCAGUGUGUCGGCAGCGCAGAGGCUGGACCCCGCCGCGGUCAGGACUUACUCCUGCUAAGGCGCCUGCGUUUACCCACACUACUUCUACAGGUGACCCGCGACGCCUGGGACCCAGCAACGACUGCAUUUUAGCAUUCAGUGGACUCUAACCUGUUAAUACUUGUUAUAUGAACCUGAGAUAUUUUAUUACAGAGUUUUUAAUUAGUGAAAAAUUCAUGAAUACCAUAGAGAAAAUAUUUUAGAAUUUAAUGUUUCUUAUAUUUAUGUAAACUUAUGCCUUCAUUUAUAGAGUUACUUACUUUUUCAUGUAUAUCCAGGCUAUAAAUAUCCUUUCAAAUCUAUUCAUGUUCUUAUAUCUAAUUUUAGUCUUUCAAAUGAAUGUACUGUAAUGCUUGUAUGUAUAAAUUCUAUGAAGAAAUGUAGGGCUUUUGUAAAUUAUGCAUUUAUUGUAAUUAUCAUUGUUUAAUUUUUUAAUAAUAAACCAUGACAGAAAAGGAUUUUACUGCGUUUGUAAAAUCAUCACUAUACCGUGCAUUAUCCCUUACGAACGUAUCCUCGCUACACAGCAAUCAUUUCGAAACAAGCAGACCUAAUUUCGAGUAAUUAUUGUUGCAUCUUAAUGACUGACCUUACUCUUUUUCUAGCAAAAAAUGCUUGAUUCUGCAGUGUGAACAGAUGAGAUGUUCGGUGUUCGAGAUAAGCUUCCCACCAACUGGGACUGGAAGUUGUUCUCAGACACUGCGAACCCGCCUGGGCCGCCCGGCGUCCUCCUCACCUCUCUCUGGACUCGGGUGGCCUGUCGCAGAGGCCGUGGGCUGGGGAUGGCCCUCGGCAGGCGGAGAGAGCUCGGUGGAGUGGGGCCCAGCCGCCCCCACCCCUGGAAGCAGAGGAAGGCACCCACUCGCCACGCGGGGACACGGCGCAGGGUCCUGAGGAUGCUGUUGCCAGCUCUAAUAAAGGCCUUAUUUUUCUUACGUAAAUCACCUUUUUACAUUUGUCUGUAAACAUGUCUAAAGAAUGGACCUCAUGGUACAUUUUUAGAUGUUGAUGAUGAGCCAUUUGGGAUUGUCGGAGUAGCCAGUGUAGCUUUCCUUUGCAAGUGGCUAUUACAGAGCCAGCAGGAAAUGGGUUCGGGUCACGGUGCGUUAUUUAUUAUGCAGCCGAGGCACAGACAGCCGACGUGUCUUCUUACGUGGGUUUCUGCUUUUGAUUUACUUGUACAAUUCACAGUUGUUUUCUAUUAAUCUUUUGUGAACUUUCUGAUUAUGUAACAAAGUAUGUACAGUCUACUUUUGAACUCUUUUUAUCACAGUGUUAUUUAUUGCUUUCUUUCAAUAAAGUACUGAAGCAUUUCGCACUGCCAA